UAGUCUCUCCCUGCUUUCUCUCUAGCUGUGUGUGUGUAAAAUCGCUCACAGUCUGACAGCGUUCCAGUAACCUGCGCCACACACAGAGCAGGAUAUAUUUACUAACCAUCUGCUUGCAUGGCAUGGGUUAACCGAGCCUGUGGGAUUGUGCUUACCUAAACAAAACCACUGCAGUGAGGGGAAAAACAAUGAAUGGGUGGAGAUGAUCAGCCCAUGCAUUCCAGCUAGUGCGGUCCAGGCAGCAAUGACAGCCUGAAGGUUGCAGCAGCAUCGGGAUCUGCAUUCCAAGUGCACAGAUCUUACCAUCUGGAGCGAUUUUACGGGGAGCAGCUCUUUAUUUGCUGAGCCAUGGCCAGUAACCAGGCCAGCCUGCAGGACGAUCAGAGCAGGCACUGCAAGUUCUUAUCCUAUAUGUUCUAUCAGGCUGUGAGAGAUCACAAGCCUGUUUGGAUGCUAGAAGACAUGAGAACUAUGGAAUAUUUUUACUGGGAGGAAAAUGCCAGCCUAAGAACGUACUCACCUUCAGAAGCCCUUCUCUAUGCAGUGGUGCAUAACCACCUGCCUUAUGCUCAGUAUCUGCUGUCUCAUUUCCCAGAGGAGGCUCUCAAGGUGCCUGGGGAACACUUCUGCUACUGCCCAUCGUCUGCUCCCCACUUGGCCAUGGCAGUCACAUAUGACAGGAGAGAUAUCUUGGGGCUGAUCAUCAAAAUUGCACACAAGCUCCCCAGCUUGAACUCCUACAUCAAUAGGACUGGCUGCUUUCAUCUAGAAGAUGGGAAAACCCCCCUACACCUUGCCUGUGAACUGCUGAGGUCGGAGACGGUCCUCAUCCUCCUUGGCAAUGGAGCUUCUCCUAGGAUAGAGGACAGUAAAGGACUUACCCCGCUGGAUGUCAUCCUGGAACAGAUGUGGGACUCCAAAGUCAACGUGGCAUCAAAGAAGCUCUGCCUCGACUACCUCUUGCUCUUCAUGCCCAACCCACAAUUUAAGAUGCGGAAAGUUCUACGGGAUCAUCCAGAGCACUGGACAGCUUUGCUGGGGGAAGACAAGUUCAACAGCCUGGUGGGGAACACGCCUGCUUCUUUAUAUCUGCAAGCUAUGCAAACUAUUCUCCAGACUCUGCCUCCAUCCCACUUCCCUAAAAGCAUCCAGGAACUACCUAUACCUCAGGCACUAAAGCCCUUACCAUCUUAUGGCAAAAAGCUAACAACAAAAAAUGUGGUAAAUGUUUUUCCUUGACUUUAUUUGCUGGGUCUUGGAUUUUCAAAGGCAACUUAGGGGACCUGGUCACCCAGCACCCUGUGUAUUUUAGUGUUAUUUUAAUACUUAUCCUAUUAGGCUAUGCUGGAAAAUCCAAUAUUUUGUGAGAAGAUUUUAAAUGUUUGUGAUUUAUUUUUAUUUAUUUAUUUUUUGAUUGCAGGCACGGCACUUUUAAAGACAAAAGCCUUCCUUGUUUUCUGUUGUGCAUGUGAAGGGUUAACUGUAGCUGAGACUGUGUUAUGUUUGUUUUUUUUUUCAGCUGUCAGCUGGUAUCAGUGUAUCUGAAUUCCCAAUGUAACUGUCUCCUGUGUAAGGUACCUGGGUAAAAAGGAACAGCUCCUGCAGUAGGAUUUUCAAAGGGUAUAGCUGCAAGACUGUGUCCUACCCCUGGUAGGAUAAAUACUAGGAAAAAAUACUGCUCUGUAUGAACAGGACUGAAACGUCAGGUUUCCCUUCUAACAGUGAUCCCGUAUCCUCUAGUAACAACCAAGAAGUCUGUGGCUGAUGCUGCAGAGAUGUAAAGUUACUCCUGCAGUGUGUGAUUUUAAUGAGUUACCUGACGGUAGGUCAUAGCAUGGAGUGCAUGCACUUAGAGAGGGCCGGGGGCUAUAUUCUGAGGGCCAAAUUGGGACAGGCAGAAGAGCUAGUGGAAGGUAUCCUGGCUCACAUGGGAGUGAGGGGGUUAAAGGCAACCCAGCCCUGAUGUCUCUACAAAGCUGUGCAGUGGGGAGGGAACCAUUUUCCCUGCUGUCCAG